UAACAUGGCGGCGGCGGGGCGGGAGGAGCCGCCGCUGGGGCUCGAGUCGGUGGCGGAGGAGGCGGCGGCGGCAGCGAGCGCCGGGUUCCGGCUCACGGCGGUGCGGCGAGAGCCGGCGGUGCGGCUGCAGCACGGCGCCAGCGGGCUGGAGCCGCUGGCAUGGUCCGAGGAUCACCGGGUGUCGGUGAGCACGGCCCGCAGCAUCGCCGUGCUGGAGCAGCUGAGCGACGUGCACAGCGGCGGGCAGGACAUGGUCAUCCACCGCACCGCCGUGCCCGCGCCCGCCGCCGCCUGCAUGCUCAAGGUCGGCCCAAAGAAGGAGGUGGCUGAGUGCAAGGAGAAAUUCGCCAGCUCAGUGGAUCCCACCGUCAGCCAGACCUUCAUGCUGGACCGAGUGUUCAACCCCGAGGGGAAGUCCCUGACCCCCAUGCGGGGUUUCAAAUAUUCCAGCUGGUCCCCUCUGGGCUGUGACGCCAACGGGAGGUGCCUGCUGGCCGCCCUGACCAUGGACAACCGCCUGACCAUCCACGCCAACCUCAACCGGCUGCAGUGGGUGCAGCUGGUGGACCUGACCGAGCUCUACGGCGAGCGCCUCUUGGAGGCCGGCUACAGACUGUGCAAGGCUGACGCUCCCCGCGGGGAGCUGGGAGAUUUCCCCGAGUUCCAGCGGCGGCACAGCAUGCAGGCCCCGGUGCGCAUGGAGUGGUCGGGCAUCUGCACCACCCAGCAGGUCAAGCACAACAACGAGUGCCGCGACGUGGGCAGCGUGCUCCUGGCCGUGCUCUUCGAGAACGGCAACGUCGCCGUGUGGCAGUUCCAGCUGCCCUUCCUGGGCGAGGAAUCCAUCACUUCCUGCAGUACCAUCGAGUCGGGAAUAAGCUCCCCCAGCGUGUUGUCCUGGUGGGAGUACGAGCACAACAACCGGAAGAUGAGCGGGCUGAUCGUGGGCAGCGCGUACGGCCCGGUGAAGAUCAUCCCUGUCAACCUCAAGGCGGUCAAAGGCUACUUCACGCUGAGACAGCCCGUGGUCUUGUGGCAGGAGAUGGACCAGCUGCCCGUGCACAGCAUCAAAUGCAUCCCUCUCUACCACCCCUACCAGAAAUGCAGCUGCAGCCUGGUGGUGGCUGCGAGAGGCCCUUACGUGUUCUGGUGCCUCCUGCUGAUAUCCAAAGCGGGGCUGAACGUGCACAAUUCCCACGUGACGGGGCUCCACUCCCUGCCCAUUGUCUCCAUGACUGCGGACAAGCAGAACGGCACGGUGUACACGUGCUCCAGCGAUGGCAAGGUCAGGCAGCUCAUCCCCAUAUUCACAGACGUUGCUUUAAAGUUUGAGCACCAGCUGAUAAAGCUCUCCGAGGUGUUUGGCUGUGUCAGGACUCACGGAAUCGCCGUCAGCCCCUGCGGGGCGUACCUGGCGGUCGUCACCACCGAGGGCAUGGCCAACGGGCUGCACCCGGUCAACAAAAACUACCAAGUUCAGUUUGUCACCCUCAAGACUUUUGAGGAGGCAGCUGCACAGCUCUUGGAAUCUUCUGUUCAGAACCUUUUCAGGCAAGUGGACUUGACGGAUCUUGUGCGCUGGAAAAUCUUGAAGGAUAAGCACAUUCCUCAGUUCUUACAGGAAGCACUGGAUAAAAAGAUAGAGAGCUGUGGUUCCACUUACUUCUGGAGGUUUAAGUUGUUUCUCUUGAGGAUUUUGUACCAGUCGAUGCAGAAAGCCCCCUCAGAGGUCACGUGGAGACCUUCGCACGAGGAUGCCAAAAUCUUGAUAUCAGAUUCGCCUGGGAUGGGCAGCACUGAAGAUGAUCAAGAGGAAGGAACUUCAAAACAAGCCAGCAAGCAGAGCCUGGGGGACACAGGCAAAGGUGUGGACAUUGAUGACACUGCAGAGGAUUCUCUCCAUCAGUCAAGUGACACUGGAGGCCGUGAGCCAAUGGUAGAAAAGCUUCUUGAAAUACAGGCACAGAUUGAGGCCGUAGAAAUGCACUUGACACGAGAACACAUGAAACGGGUGUUGGGAGAAGUUUACCUGCACACGUGGAUUACAGAGAACACCAGCAUUCCCACCAGAGGAGUCUGUGACUUCCUGAUGUCUGAUGAUGGCUACGAUGACAGAACAGCACGAGUGCUGAUUGGGCACAUCCUGAAGAAGAUGAACAAGCAGACCUUCCCCGAGCACUGCAGUUUGUGCAAGGAGAUCCUGCCCUUCACCGACCGCAAGCAGGCCGUGUGCUCCAACGGCCACAUCUGGCUCAGGUGCUUUCUCACCUACCAGUCCUGCCAGAGUUUGGUGUACAGGAGGUGUUUGCUUCACGACAGCAUUGCACGGCACCCAACCCCAGAAGAUCCUGAAUGGAUCAAGAGGUUAUUGCAGGGACCUUGCACCUUCUGCGAUUCUCCUGUGUUCUAGAGAAAAGCUGUGUCAAGACUAAAAGUAUUUUCUCUACUGCAUAAGCUCCCUUCAGCCUGGGAGGAUUCAGAGACAGGAACACAGACUCUGCUGGAGGGAGAACACCUUGUCCACAGCCCUGUACAUAGAACAUCACAGGUUCUACAAACUCCUGAAAUCCAGAGCCCAUUCCAUGCUCCAGAAACAGGAAUGCACCUGGAAGAGCCAGUUUAAAGCUGUUUGGAAAUGCACCCAAGGGAGCCUCAGCAGCUGGACACUGACAAGGAACUGGAGGGUUGAGCACAGUGGGAAUUGUCCUUUCUGCCUGACACCAGUGUCAGUUCCCAAAAGCUGGGAUGGGAACAGCAGAGCUGCCUCUUGAAUGCUCUUGGUGGUAGAGAAGGCUCCAGCUUGCACUGCUCUCCUUUGCUUUUUAACCACCCUGGCACUUGCUGUAGAACAUGGAACACUCCAAAUAAUCCAUGGUUCCAGUGUCUUGCCCAGAGAAGCAGAUGCCAGUUACAGCCAUAUGAGAGAAUUUGGCCAUUACAUCAAUUUCACUGAAAGUCUAGAAGAGUAACUGCCUCAGAACUGUAACAGUGUUUCAGUCAGAAGGGUGAUAUUGGCUGCCUGGGAUCAGUAAGAAGAAUUUUUAAAUAUAAUAAUAAUAAUUAUUAUUAAACUAAUAGCAAUUAGCUUAAACACUAAUAUAUAUACAUAUAUAUAAAAUUUCCAAUGCUCUUAAGUCUCUUGCCCCACUUUCUUUUUCUGAACUAAGUUCUAACUCCUUCCCAGCUCUUGCCAAAGUAUUUGUCUUUGGUUUCACUUAACCCUCUACCAAGAGGAACCUCUUUUCCAGAGAAACUCAGUUACCAAAAGCAUUACCAAUUACUACUGUCAAUUAAACUGAGAGUCUCCCUCAUGCAGCACUUGAGUUUUAUACAAAUCUGACACACAAAUAAUCACUCCCAGCUGACAGUUUUUCUUUUCAUAAGAGCUCAGUAAAAAACCCCAAACAAACAGAAGACCCCAAACCCAACCCCACCAUGGCUGACAUGCUCUGGGUAGGGCCAAGGAGGCUGCUGAAGCUCUUUGUGUAUCCCAGGAUGGUUUGGGUUGGAUGGGAUCAUGAAGCUCAUCUCAUUCCACUCCUGCCAUGGGCAGGGACACCUCCCACUGUCCCAAGCUGCUCCCAGUCCUGUCCAGCCUGGCCUUGGGCACUGCCAGGGAUCCAGAGGCAGCCACAGCUGCUCUGGGCACUCUGUGCCAGGGCCUGCCCACACUCACAAGGAAGGAUUUGUUUCUAAUAUCCCAUCUAACCCUUUUGAAGCCAUUCCCCCUUAUCCUGUCACUCCAGGCUCUUGUAGAAUUUCUCCAUUUCAAGUGGCCGAGUCCAGAAAUUUAUUUUGCCUUCUAAUUGUCCUAUCAGAAAAACCAUCUUUUUUUUUUUGCCAUCUGUUCCUACAGGGAGCAGAAUCCUUUUCAACCUCCUAUGCAGUGUUAGAGGAAUAAUACCUCCAAAUGUGUGUGGUUACUUGGUACAGUUUGUCUUGUUAACUUCAAUCCAUGCUGUCAAAUAAUCCUGAGUUUGUGUAUUUCCAUUCUGCAGAGUACCAAUCUCAGAGGUGUCGUCCUGUCUGUGAUUCCUGACACUUCCACUGUGUGGGAAGUGCUCUACAGCUGUUGAGAGAUCAUGGAAUUGUGCUGACAUUAUCAGUCUCCCACCAGUGCAUGUGUGAUUGGUGCUUGUUUCCUCCAUUCAAUGACUGUGCAUAUUUUGUUAAUGUUCCUUCACCUUUAAUAGGAGCAAAUUUAUUUUCAGCAAACAUUAAAGAAGUCAGCUGUCCUUCUGCUCAGUGUCUCAUGCAUUAAGCAUGAUCCUGCAUUGACUGAGAAGAACAUUACUGUAGUAGCCUAGAAACAGCAGAAGCACAUUCAUCUGUAAAAUAAUUAGCCUUGUUUGUAAAUAUCCUUGGAAGUGAUACCAUAAUUGUAUUAAAGAAACAUUUAGUUUUUUAUUGCUGUGCAUUGAAAAUUGAAAUUACUUCAGUGUGUCUGCAGAGAAGGGAAAUGUAGCUCGUGUUGGUAUCCAGUAAAACAAGGAGUAACCUCGAUACCCAACGUGUGUGAGUUUGGGGCCAG